AUGUUAGCUUUCUUAAAACGAUUUGGAGUUACGGCUCAAGGUCGUUUGACUACUCCCAAUCACAGCUCACUGCGAAAACGAAAUGUAAAUGGAGUUAAUUUUUCACGAAAAGACGGUUCCCUAUGUGCCCAACAUUGCCUGAAUGCACUUCUGCAAGGUCCUUAUUUCACAGCAGUCGAUUUAGCCAACAUAGCUAGCCAGUUAGAUGAACAAGAAUCGUCAGCAAUGGGGAGUAGUUGUAGCGCAAUUGGCAAUUUCCAGAACAUGGACGAAACAGGUUAUUUCUCAGUGCAAGUUAUUUGCAAAGCUCUGCAAAUAUGGUCUUUAGAAUUAGUGCCUUUCUUGAGACACUCAACUGAAAGAAGAAGGCAAUUCAAUAUUUUUAUCAUUGGUACCUUACCUGAAUGUGAAGCUGAUCAAGUAAUAUCGAUAUGUCCUGUUACUGAGGACAAUGUGAUCAGCUAUACUUUAGCUCAACAACACAAAACCCAAAGUCAAGAUGAUGUAGAGGCUGUUGUUGCGAUAAGUCAAACAGAAUUUGAUGAAGAAGAUGUAACACUUAGGCGUGUUUUAGAAUCUUCUGAAAAUGAUGAUCCAGAUUUACAACGUGCUUUACAAAUUUCAGCAGAUGAGAAUAAAGAUAUGUUUGACAUGGAAUUACAAAAAGCAAUAUCUAUUAGUUUGACGGCAAUAGGCGGUGAUAUCAAUUCUGGUCGAGAUGUAACUGCAGCCGUUUGCACAACGACAACCACUCCUACGCUAACGCCCACGACUUCUACAACUAGCCAGACAGCAGACAGACGAGUAGUACCAGCUGAAGAAAUUCGUAGAAAUAGACAAGCAUUUUUAGAUAAAUUCUCUUCUAAUACUAAAACAUAA